AUUCCGGCUAGAAGCGCUCAACAUAAAGUCACCAGCUACGUAUGUCCAGUGAACGAUCUAGAAGUGUGCGCAGUUUCCUGGAUGAAAAAUUCAAACCUACUUUUGACCAGGUAAACCAAGUUAAACUGUUUUGGUAAGUAAUUAGUAUGAUAUAAAAACUGGUAUCCCCUCAUCGGAUCUUAAACAAUUUCUCGGGAAGUCUCACUUGUCAGAAUCAAAAGUCCACAAUAUUGUGGACUCAGCAGACAGAGAUAAAAACCAGUUCAUUACGUAUGAUGAGUUCCUGAAACAAGUUUUGUCUGAAGAUGAAAAAAUUAUUCGAAGGCUGCGUAUUCACAAACGGAUACUCAAUCGUGUAGUUUUAGCUAUAGCGCCAGAUUGUGGACGCGAACAUCAACGAGCUGUUGCCAUUGAUUCUGGCUAUGACACCAUCGAUAUCGGCGUAUGACUGUCGUCCUCCUCCUAUAUUUAUCCCUUUGAUAACUAUUGCUGAGAUUGCAGUUUUUAUAUACUACGUUGUUACUUAUAGAAACAAAUCUGACUCCAAUGAUUUUAAAGUUUCAUCUGGUUUUCCUAUUGAUAGUAUACUUAUUUAUAACCCAACUAAACGUCACGAACUAUGGAGAUUUUUAACCUAUAUGUUUAUUCAUUAUGGUUAUAAGCACCUAGUUUUUAAUUGUUUAGUGCAAAUUGUACUUGGUCUUCUACUUGAGUUGGUUCAUAAAUUCUGGCGAGUUGGAUUAGUUUAUUUGUUAGGUGUUAUUUCAGGUUCUCUAGCUAGUUCUGUUACUGACUCGUUCUCCCUGAUGUGUGGAGCUAGUGGCGGCUGUUAUGCUCUGAUUGGCGCUCAUUUAGCUACUGUAAUAAUGAAUUGGGAUAUAAUGCAGGAGGGAUGGUUAAAUAACCCUUUGAACUUUAUAUCAAGUGGUGUUGUCAGAUCAAUUCUAAUUAUUGUACUUGACAGACGGGUACUUUCUGUCGAAUAUAGUUUCUUUAUAAAACGUUUUCUGAUUUCAAAAGAAUUCAUACAGUACUCUUACUUACGGGUUAAUAAAAAACACAUACAGAGGAGAUAGUAAAUAUGUGGAAGCAUCACCGAUGAACAAGGAGGAUCGGAUGCAGAUGUAAAGGGCGAGGAUUUGCAGGUCAAGGGUCACAUUCCUACACUUGAGGAAUACGUGGAACCCAAAACAACUGUUUGCAAGACAACACCAGAGUUAUAAUCUUCAAUACGAACGUCAAGACAAUUCUAUUGUACAGAGCUGAAACUUGGAGAACUAAAACAACCAUCAUCAAGAAAGUACAAGUAUUUGUGAACAAUUGUCUACGCAGAAUACUAAGUGUCUGUUGACCGGAACCUAUCAGCAACAGCCUACUGUGGGAGGGAAUAAAGCAGCUUCCAGCUGAAAAGGAAAUCAAGAAAAGACGGUGGAAGUGAAUAAAACAUAUUUUUCGGUAAUCAUCAAACUGUGCAUUAUGAGGCAAGUGCUUACUUGGAAUCUUAAAGGGAAACGGAAAAGAGAAAGAACAAAAAAAAACACUGCAUCGGACAUUUAAAGCAGACAUGAAAAGGAUGAAUUGCAACUAGAAAGGACUGGAAAGUAUUGUCCAGAACAGAACUGGACGGAGAAUGCUGGUGAGCCGCGAGGGGAAACAAGUAUGAGUGGUAGUGAUACUGCACUUGCUAUAUAUGAUCGAUUUUCAAAUCCAAAUGGAAAAAUACGUGUUGGUUUCUCCGCUCAUUUUGGUGGUUUUAUAGCAGGUCUUUUAUUAGGUGUAGUUAUUUUGCGCAAUUUAAAGGUAGAAAAAUGGGAAAAAUAUUUCGUUUGUAAUUGUGUUCUAAUUUUCCUCCUAUUUGUUGUAGCAACUAUCCUAUUCAAUGUAUAUUGUUACAGAAUUAAUGAAUGUCCUGCAUGUGAAUGGGAUAUUUAAAUGAUGAUCAGAUUUCUUCAUUUAUAAAGAAAGAAUACUGAGAUCUUUCUCUUUUAUUUUGUUAGUUGGGAUUGUAAAUAUAAUUGUUUUUUUUUCUUCCUGUAUGACUUAUUAACACAUUUCAUAUUUUAUAUUCUCUGUAUUUUUGCCCUUUUUGUAUUUCUUCUUUGUUGAGUAUUAUCUCACUAUUGAGUUGUUAAAGGCAUAAUUUAAAAUACAGAAGGAUUUGGUGUGAAUUAGAAUUUGUUUGCUUUCAUCUAGUUUUAACAUCUUUCUUUGAAAUCAUGAUUUUUAUUUAACACAAUUAGUUCUAAGAUCAUUAAUGAAAGAUGAAAAUUUAUGUUUGUUUUUUUUGGUUGACCUUUCACAUAUAAUUCUGGUAUUUGAAAAUAUUCUCAUAGAUUUUUGCAUAUCUAUACUAGUGUUUUAGACUGUAAACAAUGAACUACAAAUUUGUGUUGUUUUGUUUUGAAAAUUACUUUUGAUUCUUUUUAUUUGUUAGUUUUGCUUUCAGUCUGUGAUCAUCUACGCAUAGUUCUGUAGAGUUAUAUAUAUAUAUUUUUCAUUCCUAAACAUUUUUUAAUUGACUAUAUUUGGUUUUACAUCAAACAAUUCAAUAUUAUCUUUGUGACCUUUCAUCUUGUGAUUUACCAGUUUAUCAAAUAUGGGGUUUAUGUUUAAUUAGUGU